CUCACAGCUGGAGGCUCAGCCCCCGCCCCUGGAGGAGGCGCACGCCAGCUCCCCGCCUCGCGAUAGAGUCGAAAUUAAGAUUGUGAUGCUCAAAGUGCAGGCAGAGACACCUUUGCUACCAUUGAAGGAGGACGAGUCGACGCCAUUCAAGACCCCCAGUAACACACCUAUAUACGUAACCAAACCGCACAUAUCAUCAACGCCAUCCCGUGGCCAGUAUAACGUAGUUGUUAGUGAAUCACCGCUUACGAAUGCGUCCAAGAGGUGUCUAAGUGUCAACUCGCUGACCAACUAUUCCUCGCCCAAUCCUUCGCCCACGCCGUCACCUUCGCUCACGUCCACGCUCACCUUUGAACAUUGUGAGCCCAACAACAACAACAACAACGAGGAAGUGUUCUACACCCCGCUCGGCGGACAAACACCAAAUCAUAAACCCACACAAGAAUUCGAACUCUACCCGCAAGACACUUUCGAACGCCUCGAGGGCAAGCAACCGAAGCCAAAUACCAAAAUGCAAAGCAAAGUGGAUGCAGUGGGCCAAAUCACCGGCCAUUGGGGCAAGUGGCAACUGCGCACAGUACUCUUAAUCUUUCUGUGCAAAAUACCCUCCUCCUGGUUUAUGGCUUGCAUCAUUUUCACGGCGCCUGCACCCCGCCAUGGUGAAUUCUUUUGCAAGCCGCCGCCCGAGCUUGGCGUCGAGAAUCAAACGGAAUGGAUCAAGGUGUCGCAUCCCCAAAAGGAGGAGAAGGAAGAUCAGGAGUUCACCAUUGAUUUUUGUAAUGUGUACGAGGAUGCCCAGCAGCACGCUCAUCACUACUAUAACUAUGAAGACCGCUCCCAGGAGCCGGUCAUUUGGGAGAAGCCACUUCAUCGCAACGCAUCUGUUAUACCCUGCACGGAGUUUCAGCAUGCAAGCACUUACCACUCGGUGGUCACCCAAUACGAUCUCGUCUGCUCCCGCGAUAUACUCGUGUCCGUAACGCAGUUCUUCCACUUGUUCGGGGUGCUCACGGGCGGAAUAUUGGCCAAUCACCUUUUAAAAUACUUCAGUCCACGCAGCGUGAUGCUCUUCGGCAUGAUAACACAAAUAUUCUGUGGAAAUCUAACUGGUCAUGUGUCUUCCUAUGAGCUUCAUGUCUUCUUCCGAUGUCUCUCCGCUGUCUGCUGCGCUCAGAUGUACACCGCCGGCGGCAUGAUAAUGGCGGACAUCACUGGUGGCAAAUAUCGCACGUAUGUGUCAACGCUGUUCGAACAAUUCUGGUCUAUUGGAGUUAUGAUGUUACCGGGAUUGGCCAGCUUUUGGUCCAGCUGGUCGCAUCUCUAUAUGGCCAUCUCUUGGCCCACAGUAAUACUCAUUUACCUUUGGCAAUGGAUCCCCGAUUCCCCGCGUUGGAUGAUAGAACGCGGUCGCGUGCAGGAUGCCAAAAAGAUUUUGCUUGAGUGUGCCGAGAUGAAUGGCACACGACUCAGUUUGCCCCACGACAUUGACCAGCAGCUAGAGCUACAGGCACAAACGGCCAUGGAUGCACCGCCUCCAGCGGGCUGGUGGUCCAUUUGGAAAGGUGAGAAGGCAGUGCGGCACAUGAUCUGCGUACAUCUGGCAUGGUCGCUAUACAUCAGCGUCUAUUAUGGCUGCCUGCUGAACAUACGGUCGUUCAGUCGUGACCAUCUGUUCAUCAACACAUUUGUGGCUGGCUUUAGUGAGAUGAUUGGCACAUUCAUUGGACUCUAUUUAAUCAUGAACACCACACGCAAAUGGCUCUGGGCCGGCAUCUUCAAUAUUGUGGCUGGUUGUUUUGCGUGGUGCUGUUGGCUAGUGCCCAAGCCAGGCGUCGUUUCUCUAGAUGCCAACGUUGCGAUGCUUAUGUGCACGGCUAUGGUGUCCAAAAUGGCCAUAUCCACUUCGCUUUCCAUUCUGACCACCAGCACCGUGGAGCUAGUGAGCCCAGAGAAACGCAAGAUAGCUGCCUUUUCGACAAUAUGCUGGGCCCGAUUCUGGCUACUGGGUGCUCCGUUCAUUGGCUCCACCGUUGUGAUUGGCCAACUAAUACCACAGACCGCAUACACGGCACUAGCGGUCAUUGGUGGCGUCUGCAUGUCUUUGAUCAGUGGUCCACGCACGCAUCCCAUCUCGCGUCCCGCCUCGCCCGUGUCCCAGGGCGCCCAGAACAUGGCCGCACAGUUCACUGUCAUCGAUGGAUUGGACAACAAAGGCUAUGAGCCCAGUUCCAAUACCAGCAAUACCAUCUAUUCUACCAAUACGUUUAGGAAAUUGACCACACCGCAGUCGAAUUUACCACCACAGCUGAUGCCCGGCAUUUGGACGACAAAAAUGCACGAGGAUGUCCCACCAAUGUGAUUAAAUACACAACUAUAUGUGUUGAUUGACGGUUAGGGAAACCAAGACAACUGCUGGAAUUGUGCAAGAAUAGAUAUUUGGAAUGGAUUUACGACUUUGAACUUGCUGUGAAUUAUACAAUUGAACACAGUCUACAAAAUUUGAUAUACUCUAUAAACAAGUCUUUUGUGCUAUAUAUAUAUAUAUGUUAUAUAUAUG